UACGCCGACACACCGCGGUGCUGCCGUAUCCUCACAGGACGUCCGUCCUUACCUCCGUCACCGCUGUCUUGCUUACUGUGUGACUGGCAGUCGGCUAUUUUGUCCUGCGUUUGUGGUGCUAUUACAUCCGAACAGUCUCCGCUACAAGUAUUUUACAAUGUCAGUCCUGUAGAGAGCGGUAGAUGGUUUUAUUGAAUUGUUUUAUACGGGCUGCGAGCUGUGCGCGCCCUGUACUGUACAAAAACGAGGGGAGGAGGAGCAAUAGUAUUUCUCUUGAUUUCCUACCCCUGUCGUGGCAGCCAACGAACACGACCGGAGCACUUUUUCCCCACAUACCAAGGAAAAUCCACAAUAACGAGCGCACAGUGCAUUCGCUAAAGAGCAACACGGGAACUGCAUGAAACAUUAAUUUGACGGCACGCUGCGCCCUGCGGAGGAAUUAGCUCGAAUAUCCCUUACUGUGCAGUGUAUAGGCUACUACUACACUUGCACUGGAUUGAGGGACAGCCUGGACAUUCCCAGUCCCGUUUUCUGUCCCGAAAGGUUCCAGUUUGUGUCUUCGGCGACGGAAGAAACCGGCGGGCGGUGGCCAGCAGUCACAGCAAGCCAGGGCCUGGGGAAAUCAUUAACCAGACAAACCACAACAGGACUCUGAUUCUGCUCUCCCCUGCCAUUACAUCAUCACUCCACGCCGGCAGGGGUUGCGGUGACGUCAUCAAGGAGGGCGGCUUGCCCCGCCUGGCCAUGGCCGAGUGACUUGCGGCCCAGCGAAUGACAAGAGCGCGUCCGAGGGUGGGGCCCGCCUCAGUCUCACAUGAUUGGCUGCUGGAUGGAAUUAAGGUGAAUGGAACACAUGUCCAACGAGCAGGACUCUAACCUAUCGGAAGGGGAAGAGAAACGGUGGCUCGAUGGCCCGAAAAGGAAGAGAAAGAAUAGUCAAUGUUCGAUGAAGAGCAUGUCUGGGUACAUCCCAAGCUACCUGGAGAAGGAUGAGCCCUGUGUGGUGUGUGGAGACAAGGCCACUGGCUACCAUUACCGCUGCAUCACAUGUGAGGGCUGCAAGGGGUUCUUCCGACGUACCAUCCAGAAGAACCUCCACCCCGCCUACUCCUGCAAGUACGAUGGCUGCUGCAUCAUCGACAAGAUCACCCGCAACCAGUGCCAGCUGUGCCGCUUCAAGAAGUGCAUCGCUGUGGGCAUGGCCAUGGACUUGGUCCUGGACGAGGCCAAGCGCGUGGCCAAGCGGGGCCUGAUCGAGGAGAACCGCGAGCGGAGGAAGAAGGAGGAGAUGGUGAAGACGCUGCAGAACCGGCCCGAGCCCACCAGCUCCGAGUGGGAGCUCAUCCGCCUGGUGACGGACGCCCACCGCCACACCAACGCGCAGGGCUCGCACUGGAAACAGAAGCGCAAGUUCCUGCCAGAGGACAUCGGCCAGUCUCCUGUCGCCCCCACAUCAGACGGGGACAAGGUGGACCUGGAGGCCUUCAGCGAGUUCACCAAGAUCAUCACGCCUGCCAUCACCCGCGUGGUCGACUUUGCCAAAAAACUGCCCAUGUUCUCAGAGCUGCCUUGUGAAGACCAGAUCAUCCUUCUGAAAGGCUGCUGCAUGGAGAUCAUGUCCCUGCGGGCGGCCGUGCGUUACGACCCCGAAAGUGAGACGCUGACGCUGAGCGGCGAGAUGGCCGUCAAGCGCGAGCAGCUCAAGAACGGCGGCCUGGGCGUGGUGUCGGACGCCAUCUUCGACCUGGGCAAGAGCCUGGCGCAGUUCAACCUGGACGACACGGAGGUGGCACUGCUACAGGCCGUCCUGCUUAUGAGCUCAGACCGCACGGGUCUCACCUGCAUUGACAAGAUCGAGAAGUGCCAGGAGAUGUACCUGCUGGCGUUCGAGCACUACAUCAACUACCGCAAGCACAACAUUCCCCACUUCUGGCCCAAGCUGCUGAUGAAGGUGACGGACCUGCGCAUGAUCGGGGCCUGCCACGCCAGCCGCUUCCUGCACAUGAAGGUGGAGUGCCCCACCGAGCUCUUCCCCCCGCUCUUCCUGGAGGUGUUCGAGGAACAGGACGUGUGAGGGAGAAGGAGGAGCGAGAGAGAAAGAGAGAGAGAGAUGGAAGGAAGAGGAGGAGGAAGAGACUGAGGUCCCGAUCAGAACCGGAACCGGAUCGGUUCAGAUGGGAGCAGAGGAGCGGCAGAAGGAACCGAGAGCCCUGGACACGAGGCAGGAAGGACUCGUCGAGCGUCACUUUCCCUCCCUUUUUCCUGUCGCCGCCGCCCACCCUAUCCCGGGGAAAACGUUUCGCUUGUUUGUUUGUUGUUUUUUUGGUUUUUUUGGAGAAGAGUAAACAUGCGCAGUCUCGUCUCGUCACCCACAUGUUUGAAAAGCAGACAACACCAGCAGCAGCUUUGGGGAGGGGAGGGAGCGGGUGUGAGGGUGGGGGUAGGAGGGGUCACCACCGGCGAUGCUUCUGUGUCCUGUAUUUUUUUAUGUUUUUUUUAUAUGUUUCUUUAUGGUUUGGUUUUGGGGAGGUUGCUUUAAGUUCAGAUGCUCCGCCCUCAGCCCCCAUCACCUGACCCCCUACCCCCACCCCCACCCCCACCCCCACCCUGGCUCCCUCCACACAUACACGCCUCACUGCUCAGAUAAGAUACAGUAUGCUGGCCCUUCUGUCUCUGCUCUUCGUCCUAUACUGACAGUUUACCUUUUCCUGCCGUAGUACACCUCAAGUGUAGGGGAACACACUCUCACUCACAAACACACACAUACACAAACACAGUCGCACUCACUUUCACACAUAAUCAUAAAACCUCUUGUUUGUGUACAAACUUCUCAGACCGUUGUUGAAGGCUGGCAUUUCUGAAUAACAGGAAAUUACAUCAGCGCCAGCCUUUUUUUAUUAUUAUUAUUUUAUUUUUUUUCAAAGGGCGUAGCUUCUCAGCUAUCGCAAACAGAUUCUCUGUCCGCCCUUUACAAGACAACCAAUAAGAUAACUGGUCAGUUGUAUUUCAUUGUAUGUACAUGUAUCUCAGCAUUACUGUCGUCAGGGCUGCGUUGUUUUAGGAUCCAGGAAUUUUUCGGGAAAGCUGCUGGCAACGCUUUUUUAAGGCAGCAACCACCAAUACACUCAAGUGGGAAUUCUCCCUCCUCUUUUCAUUUGUUUGAUUUCAUUUAUUUGAAUUGUGUUUUGCUCUGUUUUGUUUUUUUCAUUUUUUUUUUUUUACUCAAGUAAAAAAAAAAAAACGACGGACAGACCUCAUUUCACUCGUUUCUCUCUCUCUGUGUUUAAUGAGAAACCUGAGCCUCACACACACUUGAGCGGGAGGAGGAUUCUCAACAACCACACCCUGGUGCUAUGUCGGAUUUGUAUUGCUAUUUAACAGGAGAGGUGCCUCAGUAUGGGCCUAUUUGGGGGUCUUGGAAGGGAGGAGGGCGGCUGACAGCAUCGUUCCCCCAAACUCACCUCCACCACUCGGACCCCCCACCCACCACCUCCUCCCUGUUCCACAACCCCACACUGCCCUAAAGCUCGGGGUCUACAUUUUAUUUGUUUUUUUUUUUAUGUUGUUUCCAGAACUGUUUUAAGGACUACCUGAGGCACACAUAUACACUUACAAGAACACAAACACACACACAUACACAUAGACACACACACACAUGCAUAUAAAAAACACACACACACACACACACACACACAUGCGCAUAAAAAAAACAGUGCAACCUCAGAACCUUUGUGUGUAGUUUUGCCAUGUCAUUGCCUGGGCUUGCUCUGCCAGGCCAUGGACCUCGUCUGAAUGACAAUUAAGCCCUUCUUUCUCAGGAAAGUCACUACAGGGGGAACUUGAGAGAGAGAGGGAGAUAGAGAGAGGGAGAGAGAGAGAGAAGGAGAGAAAGGGAGAGGCUAAGCGAGUGAUGGCUGGACAAUAAAGGAGAGUGUGUGAAGAGACUGAAAGGGGAGAGCGAAAGCGAGACCAACUUUAAAAGAGCUGGUGAAUGGGUCCAGUGCCCAGCUACUUCUAAAGAAUCCAGCCUUUGACCACAUACAGACACACACACACACACACACACACACACACACACACACACAUACACACACACACACACACAUACACACACACACACACACACACACACACACACACACACACACACACACACACACACACACACACACACACACACACACACACAGAACUCUCACACAGGCAGACCUCGUCAAAACGCAGACUAUCUGAAUAGCACUGAUUAGCAUCAGGAUAGGGUAGCCAAGGCAUCCUCGACACACUCAUGUAGACACACAAGACACGCACACACACACACACACACACACACACCUCAGAGAGAGAAAAAAAAAAAACUCAAAUGCCUCAUUUUAACUGUAUGCACUGCAGUGCUAAUGUAUGCCCUGCCGUCCAGGGUUCUGUGAGUUUUUUAGUCCUGAUCCUCCACACUCUGCAGUCACCGCCGCCAUGGUAACAGAUAGACACACACACACACACACACACACACACAGAUACACACAUGCUCUGACACACACAGAAAACAACCAUUGGCGGUUGGUGCUGCAGGAAUGGCCAUCCUAUUUACCUCAAAAUGUGGGCACACCUCAGGCUGUGGCUCAUAGACUGCCUCUGUGCUAACAGGCUCUACCUCACCUCUGAACACAGGGCAGCUACCCACAGCCUCUUCCCACACACACACACACACACACACACACACACACACACACAAUAUACAAACACACACUCACCAGUUACCCUCAGUGUUGUAUUCACACACACACAUCCCUCAGUCCUCACAGAUCUGUUGAUAUACCACUGCAGACAGGAGGGCCGGCUCAACACCCCCCCUCCCUCCUCCCCCCUCAUUCACACACACACACACUCAAGUACCCCCCACCCCAUCACCCUCCACAAGCUAGCAACCUAUCCCCUAUCCCCCUACCUUCUUUCCUCAUGGUUGGGCUGGGUUAGGAUGGGGGCCUGUUUGAUGGGGAGGCGUGGGACACUAGUAGGUGUCCCAUUAUUUCUUUCGUUCUGUCUUUACCUUUUCAGUACCUUUCGGUCAUUUAUGUGGGACCAAGUGUUGCUUUUGUGUUUUUUUUUUGUUUGUUUUUGUUGUUUUUUUUGUUUUUUUUCGAUUUUGACAAAUUUGGAGUCCCCUCUUGGCUGAAGGAUCCCUGCAGUGCGGGAGGAAACCAUGUGACUUGUGACAGACCCCAUGAAGAGGGCAACGCUGAGGUGAACUUUGAACUUUUUUUUUCUCUCUUUUUUUUUUUGAGACAAAAAAACACAAACAAAAAAAACGUGAGAUGAAAGAAACAAAGAAACCCCAAAAACCUGCAGCGGCCUGAAGCUGACAGGUAUAGCACUGUUUUUGAGAAGAAAAUGUUAAAAGCA